CGUUUUAGGUCCGGACAUCCAGCUUGGAAGGGUAGGCUUGUGUCCCGGGUCAAGGAACGGCAAGUCCCGGAAACCCCUCCUGCCCCAACGUGGGACUCCCAUCGCCUGUCUCCGUGCCUGGCCAGUGGGUAAACCUGGGAAAGGCCUAAGUCUCAGCAUCUCUGGAACAAAGCAGCUCUUUCGUGGCAGAAAGGUGGGGACAGGAGUCCCAUAUCAGAGGAACCACCCUCAUCAGAGCUUCAGAACAGAUGCAGAAGAACCCAGAAAGGAGCAGGUUGUGAUUCGCUCCAAGGUGAUUAAGAGCUAGAUCUUAAUCACCUUGCCUAGAGAGAGCCAGACUUGGUGAUGUCACCACAUCCAGAAUCCGUCACAGACUGUGUGACCGUGGAAACUGUGGAUCAGCUUGCAGAAGGUGCUUAUUCUUCACAGUUCUCUGCAUUCUCUCAGGAGCAGCAGAAAAUGAACAUAUCUCAGGCAUCAGUGUCAUUCAAGGACGUAACUGUCGAACUCACCCAGGAGGAGUGGCAGCAAAUGGGUCCUAUUCAGAAAACCCUCUACAGAGAUGUGAUGCUAGAGAACUACAACAACCUAGUCUCAGUGGGGAACUGCAUUUUCAAACCAGAGGUGAUCUUCAAAUUGGAGCAAGGAGAAGAGCCUUGGUUCUUAGAGGAAGAAUUCUCAAACCAGAGCCAUAAAGAAGACUACAGAGAUGAAAAUCUAAUCAAGAGGAACAAAAAAAUCAAAGACAAACACCUGCAGCAAGUAACAUUUAUAAAUAAUAAACAGUUGCCUAGAGAGGAAGAAGUUUUGAGAAAACCAUUUAAUCUGCACAUAGUUCCUGUUUCUUCAUCAAAAAUGUCCUGUAAAUGUGACUCAUGCGGAGUGAAUUCACAAAGUAUUUCUCAAUUUAUCAUUAAUAGUAGAACCUACUCAACAAAAAAUACAGAUUGUUAUAAUGUAUGUGAAAAUUUGCCUUUCAAAAUUAAACUUGAAAGAACUCAUACUGGAGAGAAAUUUUAUGAAUAUAAUAAAAAUCAGGAAGCCCUCAGUUAUAAGGAAAAUCUUCCUGAACAUCAGAAGUGUCAAACAUUAAAGCAAGCUUUUGAAUUUAAUGGGAUUGGAAAAGCCUUCUAUGUUGAGGCUGCCUGUGUUAAACAUAAGAGUACUCAUACAGGACAACAAUCCUGUAAAGAUGAAGAGUUUAGGAAAAACUAUGACAAGACAACUCUCUUUGACCACGAAAGAACUGGGACAGGGGAGAAACACUCUCAUCUUAACCAGUGUGGGAAAUCCUUCUGUGAGAAGUCAGUUAUCAAGGAAUACAAUAAAUUUAACAUGACUGUGAAACAUUGUGAAUGUAUUACAAGUGGGAAUAAUUUCAGCAGGAAGUCAUACCUUACUCAACCUCAGAGAACUCUCACAGAAGAGGAUUCAUUGGUAUGUAAUGACAGAACACAAACUGGAGAUAAACACUUUGAAUGUCAUGAAAAUAGGAAGUCUUACCAGAAAGCCCACAAAGUAUGCCAGAGAACUCACUAUGAAGUAAAACCCUAUAAAUGUAAUGAAUGUGGAAAAUCCUUCUGUCAAAAAGGACACCUCAUUCAACAUCAGAGAACUCACACAGGAGAGAAACCAUUUGAAUGUAAUGAAUGUGGAAAAACUUUCUCCCAAAAGUCACACCUCAGUACACAUCAGAGAAUUCACACAGCAGAGAAACCCUAUAAAUGUAAUGACUGUGGGAAAACAUUUGUGCAGAAGUCAACCCUCAGGGGACAUCAGAGAAUUCACACAGGAGAGAAACCCUAUGAAUGUUGUGAUUGUGGGAAAACUUUUGUUCAAAAGUCAACCCUCAAAGAUCAUCACAGAAUUCACACGGGGGAGAAAUCCUUUCAAUGUAACGAAUGUGGGAAAACUUUUGGCCAGAAGUCAAACCUCAGAAUACAUCAGAGAAUUCACAGUGGUGAGAAAACUUAUCACUGUAAAGAAUGUGAAAAAUCCUUCUGGCGAAAAGACCAUCUCAUUCAGCAUCAGAAAACACACACAGGAGAGAAACCAUUUAAAUGUAAUGAGUGUGGGAAAACUUUUGCCCGGACAUCAACCCUCAGAGUUCAUCAGAGAAUUCACACUGGGGAGAAACCAUUUAAAUGUAAUGAAUGUGGGAAAAAAUUUGUCCGGAAGGCAAUCCUUGGCGAUCACCAGAGAAUUCAUACAGGGGAGAAACCCUUUCAGUGUAAUAAAUGUGGGAAAACUUUUGGUCAGAAAUCAAACCUUAGAAUACAUCAGAGAGCUCACAGUGGGGAGAAAUCUUAUGAAUGUAAUGAAUAUGGAAUAUUGCCUAAGAAGUCAACCCUAAGUGUAUACCAGAGAAUUCAGGGAGGGGGAAAACCAAAUUGAUAUAAUAACUGUGGAAAAUUCUUCUGACUAAGAGACCAACCUAUUUGACAUCAGAAAAUUCACAAAGGAGAAAAACCAUAUAAGUCUGAAUAUAGGAAGAAUUUUGCCCAAAAGGCAACUCUGAGAGGGUAUCAGAGAAUUCACACAGGAUUUCUUUCAAGGUUCUCUGGAAACCCUGUUGGAUGGAGUCAUGCCUUGUUAGAUAUAUCACAUGUGCUGGUAAUCUAUUAGUAAAAAUUUCAUAGCUAAACUAAAUUUCCCUAUCUCCCUUUCAUCUAACUGGGGCUUUGUGACUGUCUAGUAGAUUGAGAAUGCUCAUGUUGUAUGCCACACCUAGUUCUGACUUCCCUGGUCCCAGCAGUAUCUCAGUCAUACAUGGAAUAGUAGCAACUAUCCCUUAGAGAGGAAAUGUAUCCCCCACUUUGCUGCCUUAA